ACUCGGCGAAAUCGGUAGAGGGAAGAGACGAAGAGAGAUGGGGGACGGUGAAUUGGGCUCUGCCGGUCACACAGCCAUCGAUUCCUCGAACGUCGGGUUCAAGUUGCUGAAGAAGUGCGGAUGGAAGGAGGGCACCGGCCUCGGCGCCUCCGAGCAGGGCAUGUUGGAGCCUAUCCCGACAUUUGUUAAGAAGAACAAGCGUGGUAUAGGUGCUGAUAAAACCAAGAAAAAGGUUGAAGUCCUGAAAGAUCUUGAUGCCAAGAUGCAAAAUAAUCAUGACAUGCAAUCUAAGAAAAAGAACAAACAAGUCUCUAAAAGAAUAAGGAAGAUGCAGGAAGAAGAGGAGAGGAUGAAAGAGAAGGAAUUUGAACGAGCCUUCUUCAGGGAGUUCUGGCCGGACAAUGUAUAGAUGCAAUUGGUCAGAUGAUGUGAUGCUCCUCUAUAUAUAAAAAAAAAAGUUCAGGAAAUGGCUCCGCACAGAAUGGAAAGGACCUUUGACUGACUCGGAGAGAUUCCAAGUCUGACGUGGUAACCGGAAAAGGUGGUUAGACCAUGCAUGAUACAAGUUGCCAAAAUAACAAGGAUGCUUGGUGGAGCUUUUGCUACUACGUCUGCCAGCCAAGGUUUCGUCUUGUGCUUCUUACAUUUCGGAUGUUUCCUCCAUAUAAUUACUUUUGAUGUUCACAUUUACAUUUUGGUCAAACGCAUAUUUGAACUUUUCGAGUCCUCCAUA